AGCAGAGCAAGUGGAGAUUGCAAGAUCCAAAGGUCCAAAGGAUUUGUUGAAUUGGGAUGACAUUAAAAAGAUGAAGUACUCUUGGAAUGUAGCAUGUGAGUCGAUGAGGCUAUUAUCGCCUGCUCAAGGAGCAUUCAGAGAGGUUAUACAUGACUUUACUUACAAAGGUUUUACUAUCCCUGAAGGGUGGAAGACAUUUUGGACUGUACAUUCGACACACAAAAAUCCUAAAUACUUUCCAGAUCCUGAGAAAUUUGAUCCUUCAAGAUUUGAAGGGAAUGGCCCAGCACCUUACACUUUUGUACCAUUUGGAGGAGGACCUCGAAUGUGCGCUGGAGGGGAGUAUGCUCGUUUACAAACACUAGUGUAUAUGCAUAAUGUGGUGACAAGAUUCAAGUGGGAGAAAGCAAAUUCCAGAUGAAAAGAUUACUUACCAACUAUCAUCCAUUCCAGUUAACGGUCUUCCCGUUAUCCUUAAACCUCAUAAAUUUUAGAUUGAGUUAAAACCUCUAGUGAUAACUAUCUCUAUAUUUGAA